AUGGGCCCUCUGUGGACCCCACCUUCCCCUUUCCUCCUCUUGUUUGGGGAGCCUGCCUCUCUGAGGACCCAGGACUACCCCAGCUGCCCAGAUAGGGGCCCAGGGAAACUGGAAGCCAGUAAAGUUGUCCUCUUGCCCAGUUGUCCUGGAACCCCAGGAAGUCCUGGGGAGAAGGGAGCACCAGGUCCUCAAGGGCAGCCUGGAUCACUGGGCAAGAUGGGUCCCAAGGGUGAGCCUGGGGACUAUUCAGUGAACUUGCUGUGGGGACAGGAAGGCCCUGGGAGCUGCCAGGAGCUGCUGAGCCGGAAGACCACUUUGAGUGACUGGUACCAUCUGUGCCUACCUGAGUGCUGAGCCCUCCCAGGCUUUUCGUCUUUUAAUUUUGUCUUUUGUGACAAGGACACCGCAGAUGGUGGCUGGCUGGUCUUCCAGGGGUGACGGGAUGGUUCCGUGGAUUCCUUCUGCUCUUGGUCUUCCUACACAGCAGGUGUGGGGAGCCAGGAGUCUGAAUUCUGGCUGGGGAAUGAGAAUUUGCACCAGCUUACUCUCCAGGGCACCCAGGAGCUGUGGGUGGAGCCGGAGGACUUAGGCAACCACACCUUUGUUCCCUGUAGGUCCUUCCUCCUCCUAGUGGAGGCAGACCAUCACCAGCUGUUGCUGGGCAGGUUCUCAGAGGGCAGGGGUGCCAGGCAUGGUGCCAGCACCGAGGCGCUUCCCACCCUCUUCCUGCCAGGGGCCUCCCAGAGCUUCCACACCGGGAAACCCUUUCCCAUCAACCAUGAUACAAGUGGGAGAAACUGCACAGUGAGUCUCCCCGGAGCCUGGUGGCACGGAUCCUGCUAUCAGACCAAUCUCAACGGGCGCUAUUUGAUGUUCAAAGCCCCUGCCCAUAGUUAUAGCAUUGAAAGGGCCUCACGCCAAGGCGUGGGCCACCCUUACCACAGGGAUUAAAUGGUGCUUCACUAG